GGUGAUCCGUGUCUGCUUACUCCUUGGAAAAGUGAAUCCAAAGAGUUUAAGAAGAAUUACCUACAUAAUUUGUGGUUUGUCGAAGUGCAGUUUCUUUGAAGGACGUGGUUGUAUACCUUGUUGGCCCAUUUAGGACAGUUGCUCACUAAUUAGUGGUAAAUGUGUAGACACUAAAUGAAUGAAAAAAUAUGUCCAACCCAGGCGGAAGCAGGAGAAAUGGGGCCAUGAAAAUACGCCUAACAAUUCUUUGUGCCAGAAAUUUGGCUAGGAAAGACUUAUUCAGACUGCCCGAUCCAUUUGCCAAGAUCAGUGUGGAUGGAUCGGGCCAAUGCCACAGCACUGACACAUGCAAAGCUACUCUUGAUCCUAAGUGGAACCAACAUUAUGACCUUUAUAUUGGUAAAGGUGAUGGUAUAACAAUCAGUGUGUGGAACCAUAAGAAAAUACACAAAAAGCAGGGUGGAGGGUUCUUGGGUUGUGUCCGUAUCAUGUCCAACACAAUUCAGCGCCUUAAGGACACAGGCUAUCAACGGUUGGACCUGUGCAAGGCUAGUCCAGAUGACCCUGAACCAGUGAAAGGUCAGAUUGUAGUGUCACUACUGUCACGGGAUGGUCAUGGAGGUGUGGCAGGAGGAGGUCAUAAUGCUGUGGUGGAUCCACUAGGGGAUCUUAGUUGCCCUGAGGAUCUGCCAGAAGGUUGGGAAGAACGAAGGACUUCUGCUGGAAGGCUGUACUAUGUAAAUCAUCACACACGAACCACACAGUGGGUUAGACCCAAUAGGCCACAUUACAAUGGGAUUAUCCCAACACACAGCUCACCCUCAGGCUCAGGAUUGUCUAGUAGUGGUGAGCAGAAUGGAUCUGUUUCUCCUGGUGUGAGUGUAAUUACCAACCAAAUUCCAAGAGAUGCAUUGCGUAGUUGUAGCAAUAACAACAACAGCAACAACAAUAAUAAUAGCAGUAGCAGCACAAGAGAACAACGUGAACAGCGGCGUAGUUUGAGGGUUUCAGAUGAGCUUCAGAAUGGUGGUAAUCGUCGUGAUGGUACAGGAAGCCAGGUGUCUGCAUCGAGACGACGUUCAUCAAGACAGCAGCGCAAUUCACAGCACCAGCAGCAGAAUGGGAGCAGUUCAUUUGGUCGUGUCCACCAGCCCAGCCAGCCUGGUGAUCUACCUCCUGGUUAUGAAUUGCGUACAACACAGCAAGGGCAGGUAUAUUUCUACCACAUCCCAAGUGGAGUAAGUACAUGGCACGAUCCUCGCAUUCCUCGUGAGCUAUCAGUGGGCUCUAGUGAUCUGCUGGCUGAGCUCGGUCCCUUGCCUCUUGGUUGGGAAAUGCGUCAGACUGCUUCUGGACGCAUCUAUUAUGUGGACCACAACAAUCGCACAACACAGUUUACGGAUCCUCGACUCUCUGGUUCUGUCAUAUCCAAUCUCAUGAAGAAGCAGAACAUACCUUUGUCUUCCUCCCUGGCAAGCCAAGUAGCUCUUGCAACAAGUAGUGCCACUACAUCACCAUCUCCACCUCCAAGCAAUGGUAGUGUUCGUGUAGAUCCUGUAGGGAGUGAGAACUCAAGUUCUGGUUUUAGUUCUCCAAGCAACAAUAAUCCAUCUAGUUCUAGCCUUAGUUCAAGUUCCACUUCCACUGUACCUUCCCCCACCAAUAACAAUAGUAUUAUGGACCAUUCUAAUGGACGCACAAUGGCAGAGGGCUGCAGUUUAAAUAUUACUACAGAGUCUGCUGUUGUGAGAAUGGGUGAUCUUCCCAAAGAUUUGCUAGAUAGUGAAAGUCUCCCCAAGUACAAACGCGACCUGGUGGCUAAGCAAAAGGUUUUAAGAGCAGAGCUGCAAGCCUUGCAACCCCAGAGUGGUCAUUGUCGUCUGGAAGUGUCCCGCACAGAGAUAUUUGAGGAAUCCUACCGGUUAGUAAUGAAGAUGCGGCCAAAGGAUAUGCGAAAGCGACUGAUGGUAAAAUUCCGUGGCGAAGAAGGACUGGAUUAUGGGGGUGUGGCAAGAGAGUGGCUCUUUUUGCUGAGCCAUGAAAUGCUGAACCCACAAUAUGGCCUGUUCCAGUACUCUCGUGAGGACAAUUAUACACUUCAAAUUAAUCCAGACAGUAGCAUCAACCCUGAGCAUCUGUCCUACUUUCACUUUGUGGGGCGUAUCAUUGGCAUCGCGGUGUUCCAUGGUCAUUAUAUAGAUGGUGGGUUCACCACCCCCUUCUACAAAAUGCUGCUCAACAAACCCAUCACUCUAGAUGAUAUUGAGGGUGUUGAUCCUGAGCUUCACCGUAGCCUCACGUGGAUGCUGGAGAACGACAUGACUGGUGUUAUUGACACAACAUUCUCAGUAGAACACAAUAGUUUUGGUGUAUUGAGGGUACAUGAACUGAAGCCUGGUGGUCGUGACAUACUGGUUACAGAGGACAACAAGAAGGAGUAUGUCAAGUUGUAUGUUAAUUAUCGAUUUAUGCGUGGAAUUGAACAACAGUUCCUAGCACUACAAAAAGGCUUCACAGAGCUGAUACCAAGUCAGUUAUUGCGUCCUUUCGAUGAACGUGAAUUGGAGCUGGUGAUAGGAGGUCUUGGCUCUAUUGACAUUAACGACUGGCGCAACAAUACUCGACUCAAGCACUGCACUCCAGAAACUCCAGUAGUGCAGUGGUUUUGGCAGAUAGUUGAAGAAUAUGGAGAGGAGAUGAGAGCAAGACUUCUUCAGUUUGUAACUGGAAGUUCUCGUGUGCCUCUUCAAGGAUUCAAAGCUCUGCAGGGUUCAACAGGAGCAGCAGGUCCUCGUUUGUUUACAAUCCACGUAGUGGAUGCACCAAUAGAAAAUCUGCCCAAGGCACAUACAUGCUUCAAUCGAAUUGACAUCCCACCAUAUCAGAGCUACCAGAAAAUGUAUGAAAAACUCACCCAGGCUGUUGAAGAGACAUGUGGUUUUGCUGUUGAGUAGUCGCAGACAAUUAUAUAAUAGUAAUAUUGCUUGUGACUAUGUGGAUACUCUAUAAUGAUGGUUGUAAAAAUGCCAAAUUUAGUCCAUGAUAGGGUUCUCUGGUGUGAUACAAACUUUGACUGCUCUCUGGUUGGUGCAGGGAAAUGUGUGGCAUUUUGUGGUACUGAGAAUUACUUGAUAUUUUAUCCCAGAUUUGUUUUAAGUAGGGUUUCGCUCUAAAUCCUGCGGUGUACAUAUUACUCCAAAUAUCCAGAAUGUGUUGUUAUGAUGGCUGAUCAUGAUAGUUUUCAAGAGGAGCCUGGCCGGCCACAGUUCUCCUUGUUUGAUGUUCAGCCUCAGGUUGAUGAGAUUAGCAGAGAGGAGGGUUAUAUUUAACAUGUCUGUUGAAAUUUUUUAAUUUUUAGGAACAUUUUGUUUAUUUCUAAAAACACACACUUAAUUGUUCAUAUAAAUGACUUUAAACUAGUAUCUGAUGUUUUAAUAGCUGUGCAGUUAGCAGCUUCAUUUUGGUACACACCUAAAUAAAAUUUAAAAAUAAUAUAGUGAAGUAAAAGUUUGUUGGAUAUACUUCUGUGAUAAAUAUUGCAUUCACAGUUCUAAACUUUUGCAACAUGCAUGAUAAUUUAAAUAUUUGGCAUAAACUGUGGGAGACUUCCUUUUGCCUUAUAAUUAACUUCAUGGAGCAGAGUCCUUCAUGAAAAAUUAUCAUAUUUUCCCAAUAGCAUGUACUUCCUUCCCCACAAAUAAAUUGUCUCUCUUCAUUUUCAGUUGAAUAUUUAUGAUGCCCUCUAGUAUAAUAUGUUACUCAUGUGUAACAUAAAAAAUAUAUUUAUUUUAUUUAUCAUGUCAUGUAUAAAUCUUGUUCCAUAUCUGUCUUUGUCUGAUUUGGAUAUCUCACAAAUAUGUUACAUAUUUGUAAUUUAAGUUGAAGUACAUGGCAGUCUCUGAAGUGCCAUGUAUGAAUAUCUUUUUAGAAUAAUAAGAAAUUUGUAUACUUACAUCCAUUGGUUUGCAUAGGUUUUGUGGCACCAGAAAUACUGUAUGUGGAAUGUAAAAAAGUUUGUUUUGGCAAUCAUGGGGGCAUUUAUGCAUAUUUAGGUUGGUAACUUGCCAUUUUGAAUAUCUGUUAUUGUGUAUAUUUUAUUAAAAACAGCAGAUUUAUUUUAUGGUUGGUUUAAAGUGAUCAGAGAAUAUGUACCAUUUUUUCAUUUAACUUGGUUACAGAAAGUGACAGACAGUGUUUUUUUUAAAAUGUUAACAUAACAUUAGGUGUAAGUAUAUAAACGUUUUACAUAAGUGUCUGUGAUUGUUUAAAAUUAGUUCUUCAUUUACAUGACAUUUUUCAGGAAUGUAUUUGUCAUGUAAAUGUGUAAAUGACUAAAUAGCAAUGUUUCUAGUCCAUGAUAAGUUUCAGCAGACUUUGUGAUCAGAUAAAACCCUCUGACUGCAGGUGAGAUUAGGAGUUGGGAUCUCUUGUCUUGUAAGAGAUUUGUUGUAAAUCAGAUCACUCAGCAAAUUGCUGUGUGAAAUGCUUCCAUUCUGAAAGUGAAACUCAUUGCACAUAAAUGAUGUAUUUUAAUGUAAUGUUGAGUAACUUUUUGUUAGGAGGAAGGAAAUAAAAUUAUAAAUUUACACAAUUGUUCAUGAGAAAAAGCUUCUUAGACUAGGAAUUUUAUUUACAUAGGCACUCACCAUAUCUUGUAAAUACUUACUCAUAAAAUGUCUUUUUGUAAAUAGUUUGAUGUAAUUUUGUACCAUGUAAUUUGCUUCCUGUAAAUUAUAAAAUGAUUUACUAAAUUGCUUCACUGCCAUGGUGGUGGUGAUGGUGUAUAAAUGACAGAAACUUUGCUAAGGACUGCAGGGUUUUAUUGGUGAGCCUUUGUUUUUACAACAGUUGUUCCAUGUUGUUUAAAUGAUAUUUCCUUGAAGUGAUAACAUUAUAUAUUUAACUCAAAAUAUAUUGUUGCAACAGAUACUUGGUCAGACUAAGAUGGAGAUGUUGGACAUAAUUCAUUAUCAUUUAGAAAUUUCAGUUUUAAUUCUUAAAAGUGACAGAUAGUAGAUAUGCCAGUUCACUUGUAAUUGCAAAUAAUAUAUACAGAGUCCUGUGACAAUACACUUGUUGACCAAAGAAAGUGUUUGGAUUGUAGGUGCACAGUCACCAAAAUGAACCUACAUAAAUACUGGGUUGAAGCCUUUGUUCUUGAAAUUGAAGAAUCAUAUGUAUAUUAUAAUGUGGGAUGUUAGCAAUUAAUUGUUAUUCAGCUGAUCAACAAAUACCCUGUUAUGGAACAUGAACAUUCAUCACCAUGAUUGCUAAAGCCUUUUGGUGGACCUCAUCCUGAACCAGUUCAGUAUGAUUCAUCUUCACAGUCUGCUCUCUAUAAGCUCCAUUUUAAUAUUAUCCUGUCUACACCUAGGUUUCUGAAGUAGGAUCUUUCCUGUAAGGUUUCCCUAACCAAGAUUAUGUAUGCAUUAUGUUUUUGCUGAUCUGAAUCUCAAUUAUCCUUUAUUGUGUGAGAAUGGGGCAUUUAAACUACAUGGAGAUCCCAGCCAGACAUUAACUCUGGUUAAUGGUGUAGUGUUUAUUAGUGCAACAUAUGAUUUCCUGUAGUAUGCAUAAACUGUAAUGCAUGGAUGAUGAAGAUUAACUGAGCAUAGUUGUAGGUGAAGAGAGUUUCAUAUCUUGUAGGCCUAAAUACACUCCUCAGCUCUUUGUUCUCAAAACCCCCUCAGUCUUUGUUUUUCUCUCAGAUUGAAAACCAGGUUUCAUGCCACAUGAAGUUAUAUUUUUGUAUAGUUUAAUUGUUAUACUUUUGGAAAGAUGUGGGAAGAGAAAGUUUCUGAAUUAAAUUUAAUCCGCUAAAUUUCAUUAUGUAUGUAAUUUUUAUGUUUCUUGGAAAGAGCAUGCUCUUUAUAAGAUGAAACUUUUUAUGGUUUUGUAAUUGAGAUUGAAGUAUCGCCAGGCAUGAUCUAAAUUAAUUUGUUUACAGUUGUACUACACCAAUACAUAAGGCAUGAGCUUGCUGAGCAAACUGCUUGUUUGACCCAGUACAGCUGGAAGGUGUGUUAUAAAUAACAACAUUGUUGAUGUUAAGAAAUGUGUAAUGCUAUUUUUAUUAUAAUUGACUAGUGAAGAGAUGGUCAGAACAAAUUUUAAAUCCAGAACAAGUUUAAACCUAAUUCUUGAACACUGAUGAUGACUAGGGAUGGUUACUCAUACUAUUUUCCACUUGCUCUCUGAGAAAGCCACACACACUGUUACAGUUUCUUUUUGUAUGUAUGGCCAGAGGUAUCCAGGCAUUUACACAGAGUUAUCCCUUCUGAGACCUCAGAUUCAAAAUUCACUUAUCUUCAUCCUAAAAUAAUAAUUAAACCAGUAACUUACACACGUCAGAUUGUCAUUCAGGCUGAACUGAACAGCUAUGUGUAGCCAUGGAGAAGCUUUGAUUAUUUCCUGUAGUGAUAAUAGGCCAUAGCUCUAGUCGUUUAGAAGGAAGAAAGAAUUAUAGUGUUUUUAAAUACUGUGGUCAUUGGUGCAGAAAUAAGAAAAAGAUGAGCCAUUGCAUUAACUUUAUGUAAUUAAUGGAAAUUUACAUGGCUGUGUAGUUUACAAGAUAAACAGAACUGCCUGUUACAUCUACCUGUUUUAUAUUUAAUUUUAAAAUGGCUUAAUAAUGAAGUUGUGAUUAUGUUCUUGAGAUGCCACAGUGUGGGAAUUAGCUGUUAAAAGUAUCUGCUAUUAAGAGCUAUCAGUGCACUUAAGAAUUAGGCCUUUCACUUUAAUUUCUCAGUAACUUGAAGGAGAAAGUACAGACUGUCUCCACAGUUAUUUUGAUGUUAACAGGAUUAAAUAUAUAGCAUCUUUAAAGUCUGUAAUCUAAUUUAAUAAUAUGAUCAAGUUUACUAGGAGGAAAAUGAAAACUUUCUUUUAAUGUUUAAUUUAAAAAGGGAACAUCUUAAAACUUGUUUUCAGCUUGCUUGAGUAGAAUGUAUAACAUGAUUGAAACUUUAAAGUACUGUUCAAAACACAAAUGGUACUAGAGAAUUCUUUCUGGUCAUGUAAGUUCCUGCAGGAAUUAUAUACUUUAGUGAUUGCUUGUUAAAAUAAAUUUUACAGUGGUGAAGAAAAGCAAAGUUUGCAAUGUCUGUGGAAAUAUUUACUUAUUAUUUUUACACCGUGUGGAUAUAAAAGUGUUCUGAUACAUAGUUCUGUGGUGAAAUAUGCUAGUUAAUUAUUUUCUCAAAAGAUAUCAGUACUUGUGUAAAACUAGUCUUGAAAUAUCUUUGGAUUUUUUAAAAAUAUUAUGAAGUGUGACUACAUGGGAAAUUUUACUUCUUAGAAUACCGUUGUAGCUCAAUACAAAUGAAACAUGUACUAUACUGUAGAGAUUCUAACAUCAAAUGGCUUCCCUGAUUAUGGGCUGAUGCAAUUAAAACUUAAAUUUUACUUCUUUUUUUAUGGAGGCACUUUUUAACAUCUUAUGUUUUACUUUGAUAACAUACUAUGUGGCCUGGCAACCAUAUUUAGAUGGCCAAAGACAUGAGACUAGUUGCAGAUAGAUCAAUAAAUGAGACUAUAGGGUAGCUCUUUGACCUUUCACGUGUCUAUGGUAGGGUAUGUGUUAAGACAAAGGGGGUUAGAGGAAUGUAAUGGUUUAUUAGUCAUUUAAACUUUUGUAUUUAAGUGGCUAGCAGCCAUACAGUCCCAACAAGGAGGCAUGCGAUGCUCUAGCUAGUAUAGUACUAGUUACUUUGCUUCUGCAAUGAGAUGUGGCUUCUUCACAUUGCAGUUGACCAGACCCAACAUUUGGGAGGUUGUGCUUCUCAGGGAUAUGGUGAACUAUGGAAGCCCUUGGAACUGUGAAGGAAUAAAUGUAUGUAGUGUGCAUGCCCUGUCAAUAAGAAAGCUAUGAUUGAAGAAAGCAUGAUGCAACAUUGAGAUUACUUAUGACAUUUUGAUCUACUGUUGAAAAGUAUGGUAUUAAGGUAAAUCAAUUGAACUUACUUAAGGUAUAUAUAUUUUAUACUAACAUUUAGAAUCUAUAAUCUCUUGAUAUUUCUGAUGUAAACUUAUCUGUUCUUGUGUUGGAAAGUUAUUUUUCCUUAUUAGUGCACAGUUUACAGACCAUGUCAGUUGAUAUUCUAGAAAUAAUUGUAAUAUCUUUUAAAACAAGAUAUUUGCAGUAAUCCUGCACAUUCUUUCCCAUUUUAUUUCUAAGCUCAUUUUAUUGUUGACUGAUUGCUAACAAAUUCAUAGGAAUUAAAAUACUGUACUCUCUUGAUUAUCUGAGGUAACUGGGACCAACUAUGCAUCUUGUAUUGAAUAACGAAAUACUUAUCAAGGAAUAUUAUUUUAAGUCUCAGUUGUCAUUGACUUAUGUAUGAAUUUUUUUAUAAUCUGAUAGGAACAGAGCUUAUAGAACUUUAUAUUAAAAUAACAUUACAAAAUUAUAUAGAUGUAAUAUAUAAUUACAUUCUGAAAAUACUGUAUUAUCUGUGAAGGAUAUACCUCAUGAUGUUGAAACUUAUGCAUAGUCAUGUGUUUGCUGUGAUCUCUUCAGAGUUUUGUUAGUGUAUAAUUUGUACCAGAGGUAUGAACAUCUUCCCUGGAGCUUUGCUUGCCAUAAUGUCCGUCCACUGAUGCAGAGCAUUUUUAAUGCCUCCUUGUUGAUAAUUCCAAAUCCUAUGAGGUUCUUUUUAAUGUAUGCAUAUAUAUAUGUAUUAUGGAUUCAACAAGUGCCUGAAAUGGAGUAAAGAUGAUUUUCCAGUUGUAGUGUAGUGAAGUCCUAGUCAAUUAUACACAUACAGCAGGAACAAGACCAACUUGAUCGCAUUCCUGUUGUGUCUUUUGGCAUAAAGAUUUUUGUUGUUCCUGCCAAGGGUUUCAUAAUAUAACAACAGUGUUAAGUUUGAUAUGUUUGGAUUGAUUAUGUACACCCUUUUGACAUUUAUGUUUUCUCUUCCCCAGUGCAAGUCUUAUUGAAUUUGUUUUCCUUCAGACCUCUGUUAAAUAAGAAAAUGGAAUCAACUGAACUUCUUACCAAACAUGAUUGCAAAGUUAUAUACAAGUUAAGAAAGCACUGAGCUAUGAUAAGUGAGACUUAUGAGGUAGCGAGAUGAAAGUUUUCUUUAAUUAAAUGUAAUUACUUUACAGAAUCUUGAAAUCCUACAAACAAUCCAGCUAGAACUAGAAGUGUAUUUAUUGUUGUCUUUUUAAAGACUGAUCUAUAACUACAUAUGAAUUACCUAGAAUAACAUAACACUUUCUGGAUUAUUUGUUAUAAAGAUAUCUUUUAGGACUUAUUUAUGAUUCACCUGCCCUAUAUAUGAUAUCACACACACCUUGAGAAAUUCUAGAUACCUGUGUAGAUACUUGCAAGUGGUAUCUAUGGUAGCUGACAUUGUAAUUUCAGCUCUAAUAAAGGCAGAAAGAAUGGAACUGAA